AGCAAGUCUUUGCUGAACUUCAACAAACUCGUCCCCACCACAGCCGACCCUAAUGGCGGGUCGCGCUGCGCGCGCCGCACCCGCCGAUGACGGUACUGUGCGGAUAAACGGCUUGAUCUUGCCAGCGGACAUGUCCGAUGAGCUGAAGUCGUUGAACGUUAACAUCGACGAUAAAACCUAUGAAUCACUCGAAUCUACACGACGAAUGCUUGCAUUAUGUGAAGAAAGCAAAGAAGCUGGUAUCAAAACGUUGGUCAUGCUAGAUGAUCAAGGAGAGCAACUUGAACGAUGUGAGGGAGCUUUGGACACGAUUAAUACGGACAUGAAAGAAGCUGAGGAACACCUGAAAGGCAUGGAAAAAUGCUGCGGACUUUGUGUCUUACCUUGGAACAAAGCUGACGAUUUUGAAAAGAAUUCCGAAUACGCCAAAGCGUGGAAGAAGGAUGACGAUGGUGGUGUGAUCUCAGACCAACCACGAAUCACUGUUGGUGAUGCAUCUAUGGGACCACAAGGAGGCUACGUUACCAGGAUUACAAAUGAUGCACGUGAAGACGAAAUGGAUGAAAAUAUUCAACAGGUAUCAACAAUGGUUGGUAACCUUCGAAACAUGGCUAUUGAUAUGAGCACAGAAGUUUCGAAUCAAAAUAGACAGCUUGAUCGCAUUCACGAUAAGGCACAAUCGAACGAAGUUCGUGUGGAAUCUGCAAACAAAAGGGCGAACAAAUUGCUCACAAAGUGAGAAUAAGACUGAACAGCUACAAACUAUUGCACAUAGCUACUUUUUUCCAAACCAAUUCCUACUGUUACCGAAACGGUCUCUUGAACUCUAUUCUCAGUCAAAUUGUUGCCGUAUCUUCGCCGAGCAUUUUUCAUGUACUAGUUCAGUUCAUCACCACUUCGCUCGAGUGAUUCCAGUGUUUUCACAUGCGUAUUGAGUGUAAUUUAUAUGUAUUGUAUAUUCAAGUAGUGCAGCUACCACAGAUUUUCUUCCAUAUACGUCUUGUUUUCACAGCACUUCAUUGUUCAUACGAAUAACUGAGCUUGAGCUCGUAUUUCAUAUUGGCGCAUAUGCCAUUUUAAACUGAA